UGGAUUUACUGGAUCAAAGGUUUCUUCUUCCUGUGGGUUCAGCUUCAGGAUCCCUUUUUUUUUUUUGUCUUUACUCAACAAAAGUGGAUCUUUCUUUGGUUUGGGGACCAGGGACCGGGUCAGGCUGAGGGGUGCUCCUUGCUCUUCAUGAUGAACUUCUGCAUGCCAGACAUGUAUGAGAUGCCCCACACCGGGGUGGGGGGCUUCGGUGUUCAGAGCGGUGGGGAGCACUGCAUGUACCCAGGCGAGGGGCCGGGGUACGGACACUACGAGCCCCAGCCGCUGCACCACCCGCCCUGCAUGGAGCAGGCUUGGCCCCCCGGCCAGCACUACUCGUGCUCCUACGCCACCGGSCCCUCGUCCUUUAAGAGUGAGUUCUGUAACACGGAGGUCCCUCUCAGCCACUUCCACCAUCAGCCCGACUAUUUCCCUGAGAUCAAACCGGACUUCUCCCACCUGCAGUGGAUGCAGGGGGUCCACAGGAAAGGGUACAUCCCCAGUUACCUGGACAAGGAUGAGCUGUGUGUGGUGUGCGGGGACAAAGCCACAGGGUAUCACUAUCGCUGCAUCACCUGUGAAGGCUGCAAGGGCUUCUUCAGGAGGACCAUCCAGAAGAACCUGAACCCGACCUACGCCUGUAAGUAYGAAGGGAAAUGUGUCAUCGACAAAGUCAGCAGAAACCAGUGCCAAGAAUGUCGCUUCAAGAGGUGCAUCGCCGUGGGGAUGGCCACAGACCUGGUAUUAGAUGACGGAAAGAGGCUGGCCAAGCGGAAGCUGAUCGAGGAGAACCGCGAGCGCCGGCGCAGGGAGGAGCUGCAGAAGACGGCCUGGGACCGCCUGGAGCCCACCCAGGAGGAGUGGGACCUGAUCCGUCUGGUGACUGAGGCCCAUAUGGCCACCAAUGCACAGGGCAACCACUGGAAGCAGAAACGAAAAUUCCUGGUCGAGGAAGCAAUGCUUCUUAAUGAAAUAACAUGUAAUUUAUUCUAUACUUCUGACCAGAGUGCAGCAGGGGUGAAGGAUACCAAGCCUGAGGAUUUUGGUCAAGGCUCCGUGGCUAACCCAGCUGAAGAAAACAAGGUGGAUAUCGAAGCUUUUAGUCAGUUUACAAAAAUUAUCACCCCCGCCAUAACUCGAGUGGUGGACUUUGCCAAAAAACUGCCUAUGUUUUGUGAGGUACGUGUUUGAUUUCUGCUUUUGUUUCACUGCAAACAUAAACCAAUCAAAACCACGCAGGAGGUCAUUUAGGAAGCCCUCUUUACAUUCACUAUGAAGUAUUUUCAUUUAUUUUACAACUGAAUAUUUGUAACAAGGCUGAUUGAUAAAGUUACAGUUCAUGUAAAGCAGGGGGGUCCAAACAUUUCGUCACRUGGGCCAAAAUCAUAAAGUCUUGACUUGAGGGCCAAAAAUAUUUUUCCUUUACCUGCUCAACAAUAAACUGAGCAUUU